AUGAGCGCGUUUGCGUUUGUGCUUUGGUGCCGCGAGAAAAAUUGCGAUUAUCCACAAUUUUACCAGAGGGAGAUACAAAUCGCGAAGUACGAUCGGCUAGCGCGUUCAUUCGAAUCACAGCCACGGAAAGCAAAGGAUACACACGGACAAACACGUGUCUUGUCCCUAAAUAAUCUGACAAGGCCUUGGAAAUUAGACGAAGCAGCACCAUUCAAAGGCGUCGAAAAUCCUGAACUGCUGGUGCGCUUUAGCUUCAACGACACUGAGCCGUGCUAUCAGAACUUCGCACGCGUAUUUCGCUUUAUCAUCCAGCAGCUGACGGAGCCUCCUCAGCAAAUCCAAAAUUACGCGAUAAGGUAUCAUCGUAAGGCUGGGAGGGAAAAGCACCUGCAAAAUUUACCGGUGGCAGUGGAAGUGACACUUCAGGAUUUUGCUUUGGAUUUGUUCGGGUUAGGCGAUCCCCAGUUGAGGCUUGGAAAAAGAGCGGCAAAUGAAAGGACACGCUUCUACAUCGAGCUUGGCGAAAACGAAAAGGACCGCCAGAAGAAAUUAGACGAGUUGUUAGCCGAUUUUGAUUUAUACAAAUCCGAAAUACUAAAAGGGAUGCAGCUUGCCUUGAGGGAUAUCAGAUCUUAUGAAUACGACAUGGAAAAAAACAGUGGCUGUCACACGCGUUUAUUUCCAGAAAAGAAGAAGAAAGCACCAGAAACUAACCCAGUGAUGGAACUCAGAGAACUGCAGAACCAAAACCAGGCAUACCUCGCAUUGUCGCUUGAGUAA